ACAAGCCCCCCCAAUCAGACACACACACACACAAACACACACACACACACACAUGGACACAUGAUCAGAUAAGGGGAUUUGAGAUUCGGUCAGUUGCUGUCAGUGAUGUAACGCAUCACUAUGCUGUCUGUUGCCACUGAAUGAGAGAGAGAGCGGAAACCACAUAAAGCCUCCUAUUGGAGCUGUGGGGCUGUGUGCUAUGAAGGACAACUAGGGCCGCAAACACAAGGACGCAUGCUCCCCAGUCCGUCCAUCAGUCUCGCUCUCUUUCUCUCUGUCUCUCUGUCCCCUGGCUGCUAUCACGAUCAUCGUCCCUCUCUGUACGACAGAGCGACCGCAGCAGCUCCUCUCCGGUUACGUAAGCAAGGUUGUUGUUUUUAUACCAGCGAGGACCUUUUGGCUGGUGUGUGCCUCCCGCCCCGCCCCCCACCACGGCCCUUACCUGUGUGUUGCGGUGCUUCCCCUGCGAGCCUAGCUGGGCCGGCAGCCCUUUCCUGCACCGCCCCCCCACCCCGCCCCACCCGAUGGUCAGGAUGACGCGCUCCAAGACCUUCCAGGCCUACCUGCCCAGCUGCCACCGAACCUACAGCUGCAUCCACUGCAGAGCGCACCUGGCCAACCACGACGAGCUCAUCUCCAAGUCUUUCCAGGGGAGCCAAGGCAGAGCUUAUUUGUUCAACUCAGUGGUGAACGUGGGGUGCGGGCCGGCGGAAGAGAGGGUGUUGCUCACGGGGCUGCAUGCUGUGGCAGAUAUCUACUGUGAGAACUGCAAGACAACUCUGGGUUGGAAAUAUGAGCAUGCCUUUGAGAGCAGUCAGAAGUACAAGGAGGGGAAGUUCAUCAUCGAGCUGGCCCACAUGAUCAAGGACAACGGCUGGGACUGAAAGACGAAGCGCCGUCCGUGACUCGGUUAGGGGUUGAAUGGGGGUGGAUGGGAGGGAAGGGGGUGAGUGUGUGACUUUGAUUUACCAUGGACCUCUGUCCUCCCCUCCUGAUGACACACCAGCAGCCUCCAGGGUGGAGGUAGUAGGGGAGUGUGUGUGUGUGGCUGUAGUAGCAGCCUGACCUGCCCCUCUGGGUUCUGUGUGUGUCUGGACUGGAGGAGGAUGUCAUUGGGGAUGGAUGGACACCACCAGACACACGCACAAUGGCAAGCAAACACACACACAUGUGCACACACACAAACAAACAAACAUGCAUGUCCCAGACCAACAUCCCAGCCUGAUGUGUAGCUCUUCAGAUGGAGAGCCAGGCCAAGGCCAGUGUUGUUGUGUUACUAUCUAUGUUAGGGCUGGCUGGCCUGCAGUGUGAGGAGAGACCAGGCCCUGGCAGGGUCAGUAGCCUUGGGUUAAAGAGCUGAUGGGAGCUCUCGUCUGUAUGUGAAUGAGAUGGCCUAAAAUGAUUAUCCCCAAAUCCAUCUGAUCUAAUCCACCCAAUGCCGUGCCAGUUGGGACAGUGAUGAGGCCUCUGGGGGCUGGGUGAGGGAAGGGUUAAGGGGAGGAGGAUGAGGGAGAGGGCAGGUCCUGAUUCUGGAUUCUAGUCCACCCUGGUUGUGAGGUUGUAGUAGCAGCUGGUUGCACAGCUGUGUGAUCCACUCUAGGUUUCAGCGGCAGCAGUUGUUGUUAUGAGAGUCAGGAUGAUAGGGAGUGUGGAGGAUUUAAGUCUAAACUCUGAGAAGAAUCUUCUCAGUCAGUGUUUCGUCUUUCUCCAUCAUCCGUAGACGCCUGAAAUCAUGUCUUGUGAUGUUUGGAUCCUUCAUGUGUUGUGUCUGAUGUAAGUCAGGAUACAUCUACCAUCAUCACUAUGGAUUAAAUUGAACAUCUUUGACUUUUGAAGCUCUGACUUGAACAGGCUUGGAGAUUGGUUCUAGUGGUUUGGCCACUGAAGCAGUUAGGAUGUGGAGGCCUUUAGGAGAUGCUCUUAUGGUGUUCUGAAAUGUUGAUGUUCUGAAGCUUUCUUUCAGUCUGGGAUGACAAUAGCAGUUCAUAGAUUGUUACACACACUAAUUUACUACCUGGCCCUCACUUAAAACACUGAACAGCAAAGCUGUACAGUGGACCUGUGGAUUUUCUGAGCAGAAGCCAACUAAGCAACACAACUAAUCAAACUAACGUCCCUGGUUUCCACGGCAACUGACUGGCAGUCGAGACUUCCAAUCAGAGGCUGUAGACGUCCCUAGCACAACCAAAGAACCCAACCAUCUACCAUAAAUUGACCAAACACACACACAUAAUAUAUAUAAAAAAUGUUUGCUUGGGUCAAAAUGUUGCCAAACGUGGGGUUGAGAAUUGUUGUUAAAAGCCAAGGUUAUGGAUAGCCUUUCUCGUUUUGUGAUAUAAUGCAUUAUGAUUUUUGUAAAUGACAGAUCUUAAUAUACAGUGCCUUCGCGAAAAUAUUCAGACCCCUAGACUUUUCCCACAUUUUGUUAGGUUCCAGCCUUAUUCUAAAAUGGAUUACAUUGUUUCCCCCCCUCAUCAAUCUACACACAAUAUCCCAUAAUGACAAAGCAAAAAGAGGUUUUUAGACAUAGCUAAUUUAUUGAAAAUAAUAAUAAUAAUACAUUUUACAAAAGUAUUCAGACCCUUUACUCAGUACUUUGUUGAAGCACCUUUUGACAGCGAUUACAGCCUCGAGUCUUCUUGAAUGUGACGCUACAAGCUUGGCACACCUGUAUUUGGGGAGUUAAUCCCAUUAUUCUCUGCAGAUCUUUCAAGCUAUGUCAGGUUUGAUGGGGAGCUUUGCUGCACAGCUAUUUCCAUGUCUCUCCAGAGAUGUGCGAUCAGGUUUAAGUUCAGGAUCUAGCUGGGCCACUCAAGGACAUUGAGACUUGUUGUCUUGGCUGUGUGCUUAGGGUUGUUGUCCUGUUGGGUGGUGAACCUUUGCCCCAGUCUGAGGUCCUGAGCA